UUCCCAGAAUAGCCCAAACUGACCAAGUGAAUGAAUUAACCUCCUAUAUACGUGAACUAAAGUUUUUGUGUGUGCCAAUUGUUGUUGAUUGGGGUGGGGGGAUUAUCUGUGUGAAAGACAGCAAAAGGUAGCCUGAGAAAAAUUGUUUUUCGCAUUCCUCGAAUGGGUCAAUUGUUAUUGUAGUGGGGUAGAAAAUGUGACCGCCAGAUGGCACUGGAUGCGCAGUCGGGCAGUCGCGCGCUGCCGCCAUCUCCAUAGUUACAUGUUAGUCUUGAGCUAGAGUUCUGGUAGUAGUGUAGUGUUGUGUUGACUCUUGUAUAUGAUGCUUGUUUCUCCUCGUCAUUGUAGCUGCUGUCGGCGGUCUCGUGUUAUUUGGUGAAUCUCGCCAUGUUGGGCGCGUGUUGUGAAUAUCGAAAAGACGCCCGCAGGUCGUGCCAUGAGCAUCCCGCGUUUCUCACUAUCUCAUUUCAACAAGGUGUCCUCGCGCCGAUUAUGAACCUUUAUUAUGGCCUAUCAUGCAUCUCAUAGAAAUAGAGUGGACGGAGCUCGCCAGCCGCAUCGGUCAAUCAACAAACACAGCAGGCUCACUACUCGUCGAACUCGCACAGUGCUCCAAUGUCUUCUCUUAUUCGCAUUAGUGUGGAUUGAUACGACAGAAGGCAGGCGACACAAGCGCCCGGAAACUUGCAGCAAACCUGACAAUGGGCGCAGCACCUCCUUUCUCUGGCGAAUUGCUGCUGAACCGCCAUCAUAUUUUUUCGGGACAAUUCAUGUACCUUAUUCCCGUGUCUGGGACUACGUGCCUGAAAACGUUAAAAGAGCAUUCGACGCCUCGGACGCAGUUUUUUUCGAACUGGAUUUGACGGAUCCCAACACCAUCAGCGCACUUACCAGCUGCCAGCUCUUGCCAGCGGGACAGAGUCUAGGGCAAGUUUUGCCACCCGAUUUAUACGCACGGCUUAAACGCCAUUUAGACUACGUAAAGGCUGUGAUGCCAUCGUGGAUGAGUCCUGAUCAGCGAGGACGAGGACUCUAUGCAGACUACCUCUUCAGCGCCAUCACCGGCAAUUGGGAACGAAAACGACCAAUCUGGGUCAUGCUGAUGGUCAAUUCGUUGACAGAGAGUGAUAUCAAGUCGCGCGGUAUCCCCGUUUUGGAUUUGUAUUUGGCUCAGGAAGCAGAACGACGAAACAAACGGAUGGGAGCUGUCGAACGAGUUGAAGAGCAAUGUGUUCCUCUUAAUGGACUCAAUUAUUCACAGGUUGUUUUUGCUCUAAAUCAAACUCUGCACCACCAAGAAUCUCUGAGAGCAGGGGACCAUUCAGCGCCCUAUACUACUGAUGACUUAAUCAAGCAUUACAACUGCGGCGACCUUAAUGCUGUUAUUUUUAGUCAUGACACAGCUCAGGUUCCAUCGAUGACUAAUGUAACCUUGGCUCCUUACGAGCAAGUCAUGGCGAAGAAAAUUGACGAAUAUUUUCGACAAGAACUAAUAUUCAAACGUAAUCGCAGAAUGGGUCAACGAGUGCUGGAACUCCUUGCCGCUCAUCCGGAUAAAAGUUUUUUCUUUGCAUUCGGUGCAGGACAUUUUUUGGGUAAUUAUACUGUACUAGACGUCGUUCAAAGUGGUGGCUAUACCGUCGAGCAACUAACAUCUGAUCACAAGAUUCUUAGGCAUCGGAAGAAGCAAAGUAAACCUCGCCCUUCGCUUGUACCAGAACCAAGCAGUCUUCGAGACUUUUCGACACACUUGAAGUCAAAUACGCUGGAUAGCCAAGAUGAAGAGUUUUCACAGAACGUACUAGACACCCAAACAGUUACCCGCGUUGCGACCAACACUACCCGGACGCAUCCACACGAUUCUUUAAAGAAAACUACUUUUCGACCGCCCACACUUUUAAGAACCAGCCCAAAUUUGGUAGCUGCCGCAGCUGCAGCUGCGAGAGAGGCAACAAAUCAAGAUCUGGCUGGGAAAUACCGAAAUUUCAAUGACUUAUGGGUCCGCUUGGAGAACGGAGGUCACUCUUACAUUAGAAAUUUACAGCCGUCAGAGCCGUCGUCUACGAGGAUGGAAGAUUCUUUGCGGGUCUGGUAUGGAUUGCGACCGAAUCGAGCAACUUCAGAUUCACUUUGCCAAGCUUUAUGGGUCCCUCUCUUUGUAUCUAUGCUGUUCUCCUUAACAAGAGCCUGAUAUAUCAUGAAACGAAGAUGCUUAUUUUUGUGUCAGAAUGUAGAUUCAGUUUUUGAAUGCGAUUUCCUGCCAAAUACUCAUUAAGAGUUAUUAUCCAUUGUCCAAUGAUGCCCAAUUGUCCAAUGUCUAUUAUCGAGAUAUAAGUUAGCUGUGGUUUGAAUAUUCGUUUAUUAUGUGUCAAUUCUGUUUGUAGAUAAUUUGUACAGCUCAAAUGCACUUUGAUUUUGUUUUACGCAUAAUAUUCUCCUCAUGAUAAUUAAAUUUAUUAAAUGCA